AUGGGUGUCCCCAAGGCACCCGGUCUAAGGACAUCCCAUUGGUCUUGGAGGCCGGGGCCAAGUGAUGAUGAGUACAACAGCGGAAGGAAGCCGCUCUAUCUUACGCCCCAUGAACACCAAAAGACGUUGUAUCCAGCAGUCAAUUUUAACGACAACUCGACAGGUGGGCGGAAAGAGCAAUGGUUGGUAUCCCAGGAAAAUCGCAAGGCUGUAACACUUGCAGAAGGAGAAAGAUCAGAGCAGUGCGAGGGCUAUGAACGAUACCCGGUCUUCAUCAACCGCAACCAGGCAGGUCUCCAGAGAAGAGAACGCUUGGAAGAAGUCAGGUGCACCCGACCACAGUCCGCGCUGCAGAACCAAGACAGUACUCGUAUUACUUUCUCCGUACCCUCCCCGUCUCAACUCAUCGAAGAUCAACUUCUAUCGUGUUUCUGGGAAGGCUACUCCACAGACUCGUCCCAGCACUCCGGGGCAAGAGAGCCCGCGUGGCUAUACCAUUCAAUCAACAUCUCAGGACCGACAACUUCAUUGAGACAAGCUCUUCUCUCGCUGGCAUACAUCCGGACAGGCAGGCUGCAAAGCAACCAGACACUGAUUCUAAAGGGGCAGGAAAUCUACGGCCAGACCCUUCGACUUAUGCAGAGUGCUCUGUACGAUUCCACGCUGGUGCUUCACGAUGAGACCCUCGCGGCGGCUCGGUGCAUGGUCUUGUACGAAGCGUUCGAGUCGACAUCCGAAGACAUGGACGCCUGGCAAAGCCACAUCAUGGGUAUAGCCCGAAUCAUCCAGCUCCGGGGUCCCGGCCGUCAUCGCGACCCCCUGUCCAAAUCCAUUCUCGAGUCCAUGCGCUACAACGCCAUGAUCGUCUGUCUCGCCCGGAGGGAGUCGUCGUUUUUCAGCAAUCCGGAUUGGUUGCUGCAGCCCUGGGCCGACGAUACACCCAAGGAUAUUGAGCAGAGGAUUUAUGACUAUGGCUUCACCUUGUCUAACCUCAUUCAGAUGGGAGAAGCUGCCUACCAGCGCUCGGAUCGAGCAGAGAUACUUCGGAUCCUGGAACAGAUCAGAAAUAGCUAUGUUGGCAUGACGGCACUGCAUGAAGAACUGCUCGCCAUGCAGCCCGAGCACUAUCCCCUAGCCGCGCAUCAUCACGUAUUAUUGGCAAUUGAUGAACGGCCAUUCGGCGAGACGACACAUGCCAUCACCUGCGCGAUUCUGCUCGCCCUCGACCUGUUCUUUUCCACCUAUGCCGCGGCACUGAUUGACAAGUGCGCCGACUUUCUCAGCGACGGGCACGAGCACGGGUACCACGAUUCUCUCAUCCUGGCAGGGAUUUCCCGCUAUACUGACCCAGCCCGUCGGCUCGACUUGGCGAGGCAGAUCCUUCGACUCCUGCAGUAUUGUCUGCAGACGACACCGUUCGAGUACGCGCGACCGAGAAUCAUCUUCCCUCUGAACGUGGUGAGAUGGGAGCUAAGGACGAUUCCCCAAGACCGGGCGCAGGUCCAAGCGUUGUUUGACACCAUUGCUUCGGCAAACCAGUUUCGCAUCGCACGCAGCGUGCAGAAUGCGGGCAGCAAGACCUUGCCGAGCGUUGUCUCGUGGAGGAGGAAGCGGUGA